GUCCAACAUUUUGAGAUCACAUAUAAAAUCCCAAUUUCCUCUCUCGAACCAUCUCUCUCUCUUUCCACGUUCUGGGUUUUCUCUACACGGCUAUCGGCGGACGCCAUUUUCUUUUCUUUUCUUUUCUUUACUCGGUUCCAUCAUCAACCGUUACGGAGGAUAUUUCGGAAGAUGAGAAUUUAUUGGAUUGUCUGAACAAGAGGACAGAUAGAGAUAGCCUUGUUCUUUUUCCGUGUAUAGAUGGUUGGUUUUUCAAUCGUCCUGAAUUUGAAUAUUGUCCACUUUCAGCUUCUUUCAUUCGAUAUUGUUUGUCAUUUCCAGCUGCUGUGUAGAUCGAUAAUCCUUUUUUUUUUUUUUUUUUUUUUUGUUUCCCAUCCUUUUUUCAAUUGUUUUGAGCUGCCAUCAACAUAUAUAAGAUCGACAGAAACUUAUCUUGCCGAAAGCGUGAUUGCUUGUUUCUUUGAUAGAGAUUCAGGUUUUAGAGUUUUCGGAAGUAAAUACAUGGAGAAUACAGAAAAUAUUUGCACGGAUUUAAUCCCAAUCCAAGCCAAAGCAAACACCAUCCCGUUGCCACCUCCAUUGCCUAAAUCUGCAAUCACUAGUCAUUUUCAAAAGAGUCGGGUUUCAAGCGAAUCCUUGGAAAGGGGAUAUAGCUGCGUUUCCACUGCGACAAGAGACCUCUGGGACGGCCUCUUCGACGAAGCCUAUGGAGCUGAUGUUUAUAUUCAUACGGAUCAUGGCGGCAUUGUAUAUGCACAUGCUUAUAUCCUUGGUAUGACUUCUCCCGUGCUAAAAGGCAUGUUAAAGCAAUCCAAGAAGUCUGGCAGGAAACGUUCAAUAUCGAUCCAUGGAGUUCCACCUGAUGCUGUUAAAGUAUUCAUUAGAUAUCUGUACUCUUGCAGAUACGAGAAAGAAGAAAUGGAGGAAUUUGUUUUGCCUCUGCUGAUGCUGUCGCAUGUUUAUGUGGUUCCCCAGUUGAAGAGAGAGUGCGAGAGGCAACUGGGUCGUGGCUUGUUGACACUUGAAAAUGUAGUUGAUGUUUUUCAACUUGCAUUACUGUGUGAUGCUCCCCGUCUUAGCCUUCUUUGCCAUCGUAUGAUCCUAAAGAACUUCAAAGCUGUUUCUUCAUCCGAGGCAUGGCAAGCAAUGCAGCAAAGCCACCCAGUACUCGAAAAAGAGCUUCUUGGAUCAGUGGUCGAUGAAGACAAUAGGCAAAAGAAAAGAGUGAAGAAAAUGAAUGAAAGGAAGAUCUAUUUGGAACUAUUUGAGGCAAUGGAGACUCUUGUUCAUAUAUGUAGAGAUGGUUGUCGCACAAUCGGCCCACACGAUAAAGACUUCAAGGUGAACCAGCCACCGUGUAAAUAUGCAGCAUGCAAGGGGCUAGAAUUGCUUAUCCGCCACUUUGCAGGCUGCAAAUUAAGAGCCCCCGGUGGUUGUACCCAAUGCAAGAGAAUGUGGCAACUCUUGGAGUUGCACUCUCAUCUUUGUGCUGAUUCUAAUCUCUGUAGAGUUCCUUUGUGCAGGAAUUUCAAGGACAGGAGUAAGAAACAGGGCAGGAAAGAUGAAGUUAAAUGGAAAUUGUUAGUAAAAAAGAUUCUAUGGACGAAGGGAGUAGCAAGAACACCAUUCUUUUUGACGACAGAAACUAUAUAAUGAGAACCUGCAUUUCUUUUUGUAUAAUCAACUUCAAUCUGUAAAUCUUUUGUUAUCUCGAUUGCCCCGUUUGUAUUCUUUGUGUACAUCACAGAUCAAAGAAAUGAAAUCAAAAUUUUCUUCA